CCACCCCCACCUCGCUCUGCUCAUCACCGCCCCUCCGCAGCCAUCCCCGAGCGGCCCCCCACAGCGCCAAGAGGGCACCCGCGCGCGAACCCAGACCCCCGACGACGCGAUUUUGUUCACAACGUCGACCCCCCGAGGUCUGGAACCCUUCCCCGGGACCGGUUGUUUGUCCUGGGCCGUUUUUGGACGGCCCCGAGGCCCCGCAAGGGCCCCCGGAGGCCGAAAACAGCAGAAAACCUCACGUCGUGAUUUUUUAUUUAUUUAUUUAUGGUUUACAACGCGAGGAGGUCUGUCAAGAGGGCGACCCGGCGCGCCGCGCCUUUUCGAGAGCACCACCAUGGCCAUGGCGCAGGCCGCCGCCGCAGGCGCCGCGUGGGUCGUCGUCCCAGGGCACGAGGAGGCCGGAGGGGGCCUCGCCCCGCCUCACGGGCCGCCACGCCGCCGCGCCGGAGGCCAGCCCAGCCCAGCCGGGGCUGAAGCUGCAGCUGCCGCGCCUGCCUCCGGAGCCCGUGUGGGUGAACAUGGGGUGGGACGGCCCAGUCCCGACGGUGAACUUGUCUGCCUUGUCAGAUUUUGCGGCCAGGGAGGCCAGUCUCUGGAGGAGACCUCCUAGAGCGACAUCGAGGAGGCUAGUGUCUGGACCUCAGGAUUGCUCCGCGCGCAUCAAGCGCUUCGACGUGCUGGGGAGCCAAGACAUGCAGCAUGGUCCCGACCCUAUGUUCGAAGCAGGCAAGCACUCGAUCGCUUCGCGUCACGACAACUGCGGGUGCUCGAAAUUCAACCACUGGGCCACCUUCGAAGAAGUCGCGCAUCGGCAUGGCACACCGUUCAUGGUUUUUGGCCCACAGCAUGUGCAGUACCACGAUAUUGGCCAAGGACAGCUGGGGACGUGCUACUUUCUUGCUGCGGUUGCUUCUAUUGCGUAUACUCUGACCCACAGGUUAUCGACAACAUGUUCGUGA